AUGUUCGUAAUCGGUACCGCCGGGCACGUUGAUCACGGCAAGUCCACCCUGGUUAAGGCAUUGACUGACAUUGACCCCGACCGUCUGCCUGAAGAGAAGGCACGGGAAAUGACGGUGGAUUUGGGCUUUGCCUGGAUGACGCUGCCCAGUGGCCGGGAAGUCAGCAUCGUAGACGUGCCCGGCCACGAGCGGUUCAUCAAGAACAUGCUCGCCGGAGUGGGGGCCAUUGACCUGGCGCUGCUCAUCGUGGCGGCCGACGAAAGCGUGAUGCCGCAGACCCGGGAGCAUCUCGCCAUUCUGGACAUACUGCGCAUCAGGCGCGGGUUGGUAGUCAUCACCAAAUCGGACCUGGUGGAUGAAGAACUGGUGGAGCUGGUCAAGGCGGAGGUGAGGAUGUCCUGGAAGCUACGUCUUCGCCGGCUGCCAGAUGGUCGCGGUGUCAGCGUACACCGGCGAUGGCCUGGAAGAACUGAAAUCGGCCAUUGA